GAAACGGAAUUUGCCAACCAUGGAGUGAUAUAAGGCGCUUCUAUGGACCCUACCUUUUGAUAGUGACAUUUUACUGAAAGCUACAGAUCAUGACUAUUCAAUACUAUCAGCAUCUACAUAUUAAUUCCUAUUCCUGUUGCCUGUCGCCGAAACUUGACCACGGACUGAUUGUUGAUUUUCAAUCUUCAUAGAAAUGAAAUGCCAAAUAUCUAGUCAAGCACGUAAUCACACCUCGGGUCAUUGGUUGCUCAGCCGAGGAUAUUGUUUCCGCCGACGUGACACAUUGACAUCGUUGGACUGGCUUCAAGGGGCUCGUUUGAGACAAAAUGGCUGUACCAGGUGAACUUCGGUCCAGGCAAGUGAAGUUCUCAAUGAUCUGGCAUGAAGGAUGUGUCCAAUUUCAGCUGCCGGGUGGUAUCCGGAUGCAAAAAAUGUAGCAUACUCGAAUCUCGGUCCGUCAUCUAGUGCUAGGUUCGCCGGUGCGUCCAUCGGGCAAUCGAAAUCAAUCCGGCGGCGGAGAAUCCCCGGGCACAACGACUGGGAAUCAGAAGGACUGUGGUCCGACUACUCUCUCUCAGAGGCCAUCCCGACCUCACCGAUCGCCAAACAUUUGCGAAACACUUCAACCUCCCUGAUAGAAUCGCUAUUUUUCACUUUUCGCCGACUUUUAUGGCAACAAUGCUAUAAACCAACUUGUGCGGUGUGAUGUCGGGAAAACCUAACUGCGAUCCACACCGCGUACGAGAGCUGCGGAUGGAAUUCCAAUUAUGGCCAAACCCUUAGUCGCGGUAUUGAUUUCACACGGUACUGCAUUGUCUUGCGUUUCAUCUUUUGACACUUUCA